GCCCGUGCCACCACUAACCCAAUCACGUAGUUAGUUACUGUUAUCGACUCUGCUAUCUCUGCCUUUUUCCUUCAUGGCUUCUUUGCCUUCUUCAGUUGCUAUCACUGCAACCCCGAAGCGUGAACACGAUUCCAGAAAAUCUUCUGCAAGUUCCCUUCCCGGCGAAAAGAGUCCAAGCAUUUCUUUCCAGAAAAGUCACCGAUUCACGCGUUUAGAUGGAAGUUUAGAUACAAAAUAUCUGGACUUCCGAGAAGCACUAUCGGCGAUAAAAGAGGGCAGAGCGGUGGAGACAUCUUUCUACGCUCCCUUGUUGCAACAAUGCUUGGACACAGGUUCUCUUUCAGAUGCACAAAUUGUUCAUGGCCACAUCGAAAAAACUGGUGCCCAUGAAGAUGUAUUUGUCAUGGCGUUUCUUGUCAAUGUUUAUGCUAAAUGUAAGGACAUAGAGAGUGCUCGCAAGGUAUUUGACAAUAUGCCCAGGAGAAAUGUUAUAUCAUGGACCACAUUAAUGGCGGGUUACGUGCAGAAUUCGCAGCCAGAGAAUGCCAUUCGAGUAUUCCAAGAAAUGCUGGAUGCGGGAUCUUAUCCUUCGAAUUACUCGCUUGCUAUUGCUCUCAACGCGUGUACUUGCUUAAACUCUGUCAAGUUGGGGGAUCAGUUCCAUGCUUUCAUAAUCAAAUAUCAUAUCGACUCUGACACCAGCAUUGGCAAUGCCCUCUGUAGCUUAUACUCCAAAUGUGGCAGAUUGGAUUAUGCUUUAAGAGCAUUUAAAAGAGUCAACGAACAAAACGUUAUUUCGUGGACUGCAGCUAUUUCUGCCUGCGGUGACAACGGGGAGGCUACAAUGGGUUUAAGAAUCUUUGUUGAGAUGCUUUCUGAGAAUGUCCAGCCUAAUGAGUUUACUUUAGCUAGUGCGUUGGGCCUUUGUUGUGAAAUUCUCUCCUUAGAACUCGGGACACAAAUUCAUUCACUUGGUACUAAACUUGGCUAUGAUUCAAACUUACGCAUUAGGAAUUCUUUAUCGUAUUUAUAUCUCAAAUCUGGUUGGAUUGACGAGGCUCAAAGGCUAUUUAAUAGAAUGGAAAGUGUCAGCUUGGUUACAUGGAAUGCGAUGAUUGCUGGACAUUCACAAAUGAUGGAACUCGCAAAGGAUGAUUUUUCGAUAUAUCGGAGUGGAAGUGAAGCACUUGAUCUCUUCCUGAAGUUAAAUCGAUCAGGCAUGAAACCCGAUCUAUUUACUUUUUCAAGUGUCUUGAGUGUCUGUAGUAGAUUGGUGGCUUUAGAACAGGGGGAACAAAUUCAUGCUCAGGCUAUCAAAACUGGGUUCUUGUCUGAUGUUGUCGUAGGUACUUCACUAAUUAACAUGUACAAUAAAUGCGGAAGCAUUGAGAGGGCAAGCAAAGCAUUUCUAGAGAUGUCUACUAGAACCAUGAUAUCAUGGACAUCCAUGAUUACGGGUUAUUCACAGCAUGGUAGGUCUCAGCAAGCACUGGAUCUUUUUGAGGAUAUGAGAUUAGCAGGAGUGAGACCAAACGAGAUCACUUUUGUGGGUGUUCUAUCAGCGUGUAGCCAUGCUGGCUUGGUCAAUGAAGCACUCAGAUACUUUGAGAUUAUGCAGAAAGAAUAUAAAAUAAAACCAGUGAUGGACCAUUAUGGUUGUUUGAUUGACAUGUACGUGAGGUUGGGUCGGCUAGAGGAAGCUUUCAAUUUCAUCAAGAAAAUGGGCUUUGAGCCCAGCGAGUUUAUUUGGUCUAACUUGAUUGCAGGUUGUCGAAGCCAUGGAAAUUUAGAGUUGGCGUUUCACGCUGCUGAACAAUUACUUAAUCUCAGACCGAAAGAUACUGAGACAUACGUUUUAUUGUUGAAUAUGUACAUCUCGGCGGGUCGAUAUAAGGAUGUUUCAAGGGUGAGAAAGAUAAUGAAAGAAGAGAAAGUUGGUAAAUUAAAGGAUUUGAGCCGAAUUUUUAUCAAAGAUAAGGUCUAUUCCUUUAAGCCCAAUGACAAGGGACAUCCUCAGGGUUCGACAGUGUAUCAAUCACUGGAGGAUUUGAUUGUUAAAGCCAAAAAUCUUGGAUACAAGUCAUUAGAAAAUAUGGAAUUAAGCGAGGAAGAGGAAGAGGGAAGGGCAUCAUCAGUCCCGAGGACACAUGCUAUUUAUCACAGCGAGAAGCUGGCCAUUGCAUUUGGGUUGCAGAACUCGCCAAAUUCAUCACCAGUAAGAGUUAUCAAGAGUACAAUAAUGUGCAGGGAUUGUCACAACUUUAUUAAGUAUGUCUCAAAACUGACUGGUAGAGAAAUUGUCAUUCGAGAUACCAAGCGGCUUCAUAAGUUUGUCGAUGGUCAAUGUUCUUGUGGGGAUUUCGGAGGAUUUGUCUGAUAUAUCCUCGAAGAAGCAGUUGUAAAUUCCAGAACUGGCUAUCAAAAGCCGACCAUGUAAAGCAAGUCCCUUAUUUAUACCUGUUGUACUUAAUAGUAACUUACGAUUCUAUGCUGAUAAAGUUGCAGCUCUCACACAUCAAUUUUACUUUCAUAUUGUGGUUUCUUAUGAGUUGUCUACUUAA